CCCUAGAUACUAUCACGGCUCUUCUCUAUAAUCUUCCAAAGGGAACAAAGUUGUUGUGUAUUUGUUUUUUUUGUUUUUUUUGUUUUUUUCUGCUGCAGGACCACUCCUGGAGUUAUUUUUCGUAAGGCUUUAUCAUUUCAAAGAAUUGUUUUCGUCUCCGUCCUAUGAUUUUCCACGUGUGCGGGUGUGUAACACUUCUGACUGACGCCGGCAGGGUUUCCCCCGGUGUCUUACUGGAGAUGCGCCGCUGUGUGCGCACUGAUAAGCUUCGCGGGAGAGAGGCGGAGAUGCAGCAGCAGCAGCAGGUGCGUCCUCCUCAGCAUCCCGGCCCUGUGUCUCCGCCCUCCUUCAACUCGCUAUAGGCUGGGAGGAUUUAAGCGGGCGCGCCGGAAUGAUGAGGGCUUUCUGACACUGACAGAUUUCAAAACUUGACGGGUUUCGAGUUUCACAGAGAUAUCAGCGUGUGGUAUUACGUUACAGGACUUAACGGUGGAGUUGCUGCGUGCGUCUUUUUGGUCAGAGAUGAACCCCGAAGUGGAUUACGGAGGCUCCGGGAGCAGCGGCAACGGAAAGCUGCGCCAGUGGCUGAUCGAGCAGGUGGACUGCGGCAAAUACCCCGGCCUGGUCUGGGAGAACGACGAGAAGAGCAUCUUCAGGAUACCGUGGAAACACGCCGGGAAACAGGACUACAACCGGGAUGAGGAUGCCGCGCUUUUCAAGGCAUGGGCGCUCUUCAAGGGCAAGUUUCGGGAGGGGGUCGACAAGCCGGACCCGCCGACCUGGAAGACGCGCCUCCGCUGCGCCCUCAACAAGAGCAACGACUUCGAGGAGCUGGUGGAGAGGAGCCAGCUGGACAUCUCGGACCCGUACAAAGUCUACCGCAUCAUCCCGGAGGGUGCAAAGAAAAGACCCAGGCAGGAGGACAGUCCUCUGAGUCCGGUGAGCUACCAGAUGCAUCCCCCCUACAGUGGCAUGCAGAGCCAGAUGCCACAGUACAUGCAGAGUGCAGAGUGCAGCUGGAGGGAUUACUGCCCGGAGCAGGCCUCUCUGCCCGAGCUGGCCUUCACUCAGUGCCCCUGUCCCCCCCGCAGCCUGUCGUGGCAGGCCCCGUCCGUGGAGAACGGCUACCAGCUCAGAGCCUCCAUUUACUCGUACGCCGCCGCCGACAGCCAGCCGCCGCCUUUCACGCUGGACGCCAGCAUCAGAUCACCUGAGCCGUUCACAGCAGACUACCGCCUGCAUGUGUCCGUGUACGUGCGGGGCGCUCUGGUGAGGGAAGUGACCACAUCCAGUCCAGAGGGCUGCCACAUCGCGCCGUGCUCCCCAGAGAAGCACUACGUGUCCCCCGGGAGCCCCGAGGUGGUGCCCCUGCCCAUGGACACCUUCUCGGCCCUGAGGAGGGCGGACGAGUGUCCCCCGAGUCCGCCGUCCACGCUGGAGCGGGGCGUGUUGCUGUGGAUGGGCACGGACGGACUCUACGCUCAGAGGCUGUGCCAGAGCAGGGUGUACUGGCAGGGAGGCCUGUCGCCGUACGGGGACAAACCCAACAAGCUGGAGAAAGAUGUCUCCUGUAAACUGCUCCACACGCAGGACUACCUCAGCGAGAUCCAGAACUACGGUCGGCCGCCGUCUCACUUCAAGGUCCUGCUGAGUUUUGGAGACGAGUGUCUGGACCCGCAGAGGCAAAGACGGACCCUCACUGUCCAGGUGGAGCCCCUGUUCGCCAGGCAGCUCUUGUACUACGCCCAGCCCACGGGCGGCCACUACUUCCGAAGCUACGAGCCCCCGGGCGUCGCGGACCACAUAAACACCCCGGAGGACUACCAGAGGGCCAUCACACAUCACCACAGCAGCAGCCUGCAGGAGUGAACCGUGUGGCUCCGAGAGACUGUUGAAAACUUUUGCGCAGCAGGAUGACGGGAGCUCCGAGACCAGGAGACGCAGUCGGAUGGAGUUAUACAUAAAAUAAUGGACUUUUAGCAUUGUUGAGUGCGUGCGUGUGUACGCGUGUGUGCGUGGCUUCAGUGUUUUGUUUAGGCUAUCGUAGGGCAUAAAACAAUAUUUUUUUCAUACUUACUAUGCAAACAAAACUGACAGCUGAGGUGAUUGUACUGUAGAAAACAGCCUUAAUUAAAUACGUGUUGUUUUGAGAGAAAUGUGCUUUUAGAGAAGAUGAUUGAUGCCACUCUCAUAUCUGUCUGUUUAAUACGAGGUCGCGAGCAGGAGCUUGUUAAGUUUGCUUUGCAAAGCUCAGCGUUAAUGACUGGAAGCAGGGAUUCUGUCGCCCUAGCUGCAACCAUGCAUGGUGUAGUUUCUUGUUAGAAUUCUAGAAGUCUGGUUUUGGAUUUCAUUGUGUCUUUUUAGCCGAUACAGAGAAAGAAAUACCUUCGCAUCAAUAAUCCUGCGACCAAUCAGAGCCGCAACAGAUUUAACUCAGAUGUUUAGAUGUUAAACCUCUGUCCAUCAAUGCUCCAUUUCGGCCUAAAUUAAAGCAGGUCUGCAGGAGCAUAAUCAGUUCACAAUGGAGGAGUUUAAACAAUAAUAACAAAAAAUGAUCUGUUAAAGUUUAUUUUGCCUUCUGAGGCUGAGCUGCACCUAUGCAUCUGCAGCUCCCUUAUUAGCAUACUGUAUCUCACAUAGCCUGAAGUGUAAACAUAAGAAUUGACUUCCUGGAGUCACAUGUGGCCACCCUGCAUCUGCACCCAGGUCCAAGAGAGCACGGCCUUUGUGAACGUGCAGAAGUUUUACACCUCAGUUCAGAAAUUUGAAUGAAUGAAUGUAUUUUAGAGGUUAGCUCUUUCCCUCUCUCUCCAGUCUUUUUGCCAAGCUAAGCUAAGCUAAGCUAAGCUGAGCUAGCAUGCUCGUGGUAUCAGCCUCCUCAUCUACAAGAGAGUGAAGCAUGUUUCUAAAAAUGCCACAACUUUUAGUAGUUUCUUUUUUUUUUUUUACUUGUACAUACACUAUCAACCCCAUGUCAUAAAUUAUGAAUGAAAUCUCGUGACCGGCUGUGCAUGUGUGGGAAACUCAGGGCGUUGAUUUUUAGAUAAGCUUUUUCAACUGAAUUCUGUACGAAAUCAUUUUGUAUCAAUAGUAAAAAUAGCAACAUAUUUUACAUUUCAACUGGAAACAUAACAUCUGA